AAGAAAGGAUGAUGAAUGUUUCUCCAGUACUCUUCUUGACUAAACAGCUUGACUCCAACUUACAUGUGUUGCAAGAUACAGAUAAUUUACAGAGCCCAAACAAGCUGAGGUCUCAAUACAGUUAACAACUCCUCAAUGCAUACCAAGCAAUAAAUAUCAAAAGUAGAAAGACGGGAGCAGAACACUGUUCUUCCUCAAAACUAUUUCUGCACCUAAUGCUGCAGGAAGUGAUUGGGAAAGAAUGACUUGUUCAAAAUAGUUGUAUCAGCCUUCCCAGUGAUGAGAACUGACUGUCAGGAGGAGAGGAAUCUGCUUCUUUCAACUUGCAGGGAAGAAGGUGCACAAAGAAAUGGUUUUCAUUUCUGUGUCCCCAUUCAGCAGCAGCGCUAGAAGUAACGGAAAGCAGAGUCUGAAGGGCAGUGUCAUGCAUGGUGGGCAAUCCUGAGCUCUUUAGGAGCCGUGGAUUAGUUAGAGGGCAUUGGAAAGCUGUCAGCACUAACUUUUCUCCAAGGUGCGCAGGCGGGAAUAUUUUGUAGCUCCAGACCUUCCAUAGGAUUUGCAGCUUUUGUUGUAAUUGCAGAUAUGAGAUGACUACAUGAACCAUACAAGAUUGGUAUAUGAAGAAAGAGAAGUUCAAUGCUCAGUACACAAGGCCAAAAUGUUCAACCAAAGUAAACAGAAACCAGCAACUAAGCUGAUGUGGCAAGUGUGGGUGAUCUACAUAGCCUUGGCUGCACUCCUCCCUGAAGAACAAGCCCUGGGACAGGCCUGUCUUUCUUGCGAUGCCACUCAGUCUUGCAACUGCUCUUCCAUGGGUUUGGACUUCAUUCCCUCGGGGCUCACGGGCAAAAUCACGGCGUUAAACCUGGCCCACAACAGGAUAAAGCUGAUCCGGGCACAUGAUCUGCAGCAGGCUGUGAACCUGAGAGCCCUGCUGCUGCAGUCCAACCAAAUCAGCUCCAUAGACGAGGACUCGUUUGCCUCCCAGGGGAAACUGGAGCUCUUGGACUUGUCAAAUAACAGCCUGGCUCACUUGUCCCCGGUGUGGUUUGGGCCCCUUUUCUCGCUCCAGCACCUCCGCAUUCAAGGCAAUUCCUACAGCGACCUGGGAGGAAGUUCCCCCUUUUCCAGCCUGAGAAACUUGAACUCCCUCCACCUGGGCAACCCACACUUCUCCAUCAUCAGGCAAGGAAACUUUGAGGGCAUUCCGUUUCUCAACACGCUGAAGAUUGACGGUGGCAAUCUCAGUCAGUACGAACCUGGAAGUCUGAAAUCGAUUAGGAAGAUAAAUCACAUGAUCAUAAGCGUGCGAAGGAUUGAUGUAUUCUCAGCAGUCAUCAGGGACCUUCUGCACUCUGCCAUUUGGUUAGAAGUUAGAGAGAUCAAAUUAGAUAUUGAAAAUGAAAAACUGAUUCAGAACUCUACUCUUCCUUCGACUAUACAAAAACUCACAUUUACUGGUGCUUCAUUCACAGAUCAAUACAUUAGCCGAAUAGCAGUGUUAUUGAAGGAAAUCACAUCUUUGAGAGAGUUAGAAGCAAUAGAUUGUGUGCUUGAGGGGAAAGGAGAAUGGGAUACAAAAGAAAUUGCAAGUAGUGGGCAAAGUUCUGUUGAAACAGUAUCAGUAACAAAUAUGACUAUUCUGGAUUUUUAUUUGUUCUUUGAUCUGGAAGGUAUAGAGACACAAGUAGAUAAACUGAAAAGACUCAGCAUUGCAAGUUCUAAAGUCUUCAUGGUGCCAUGCAGACUGGCAAGAUAUUUUUCAUCACUUUUGUAUCUUGAUUUCCAUGAUAAUUUGCUUGUAAAUAAUCGCUUAGUUGAGACAAUCUGUAAAGGUUCAUGGCCUUCAUUACAAACUCUAAAUCUAAGUAAAAAUUCUCUGAAAUCACUAGAGCAGGCUGCAAAACAUAUAAGUAAUCUACACAAACUGAUUAAUCUUGAUAUUAGCGAAAACAAUUUUGGUGAGAUUCCAGAUGUGUGUGAAUGGCCUUCUUUGCAAGUGGUAUCCAAAAUGAUGAUCCCUAGUACUCACACCAAUGGUGGAAGCUGUGCGGAUAAAAGAGAUCUCUGCAAAAUCGCUGUGCAUCGCUCCAUUGUACAGUCCCUAAAAAAGCAGUGUCGCAUCAAAAUCCAUGGAGCUGUCAAUCUUGACCCUAUCACAAAGCCACAGUGA